AUGGGUGUCAUCUACCCCCGUCGAGAGUGUGAAUUUAAUAAUUGGGGAGACUAUGUCUGCAGACCGAGUAGCUGGUAUGACUGGGGCCGUUGGGUAGCGUUUGCCGUCAUUGUUGGUUGUGCUUUCAUCAUAUUUUUUCUAUUUGCAUGCUAUAACGCUCGCCGCCGUCGCACUCGCGGCCUUCAACCCCAUCCCGGCACUGGUUGGCUUGCUGGCCCGCCUCCCUAUGGACAACAACAACAACAUCCUUACUAUUCAGACCCCAAUUACCAACAACAGCCACCGCCUCAGUAUACCCCCCAACCGCAAGCCUACGGUUAUUUCGGAGGGCAGCAAACGGGCAUCGAACUACAGUCCCCGCCGCACGCGUACCACAAUGGAGGCGAUCGGGUCUACCAGCCACCGCCGGGCACUCCUCCAAAUGCCAACAAAGUAUAA